GUUAGGUUGUGUAUUAUGUCGAUUGCCGAGUCAUGGAUAAGUUCGUCUAAUGCAUGCCGUACAAAGAAUUAGUCAAGUUAUAAGUGGAUACAGCUGUUUGACUCCUAUAGUUUUUUGGUUGCAUUGAAUUUUAAUAUAUCCGCGCACAACUGAGCUUUUGUGGGGGCUUCUCAUUCACUGCAUCACCUUCCAGCAACACGUUGAAUUGAGAAGCCACCAUGUUAGCCAUGCAGAGCUACUGCGAGGCCAGUGCCUCCAUCUCCGAAGCCUGGCUGGAGGGAGGCAUCUCGCCCUGCUUCUACUUCACCCUGGUGCCCACCGUCCUGCUCACCCUCUCCUUCUUCUUCGGUACCUUCCAGUGCGUUUUCUACCAUCGCUAUGGCACCGAGAUGGAGCCUAAGUUUGUGCCGCGCUCGCAUCUCUACAGACUCCAACUGGCUGUCUCCCUGCUCGUCCUGCUGCAGUUCCUGGGAGGGCUGGUGUGGAGGGCGGCGGGGGGAGGAGGUGGAGGGGAACUCCCGGGCUACGUGAUCCUGUAUGGCUGCCUGUCCAUGCUGGGUUGGGCCUGGGCUGUGGCGCUGUUGAGGCUGGAGAGGAAGAGGGUUCUGGUGAGGGACCGGACGCGGGGCCACAGCACGGUUCUGCUGCUCUUCUGGGCCGUGGCGUUCUCAGCGGAGAACCUGGCCUUCGUCUCCUGGGUUAGUCCCUACUGGUGGUGGGGGCUGGAGAACACACAGCAGCAGGUGGAGUUUUUUCUGUGGUUGGUCCGCUACUUUGGUACCGGAACACUCUUCUUCCUGGGCCUGAAGGCUCCCGGGUUGCCGCGGAGGCCUUACAUGCUCCUGAUCAAUGAGGACGAACGUGACAUAGAGGGUGGCACUGGCCAGCCCCUGUUGGGUGACACGCCAGAUUCCCAGUCUACCUGGCAGGACUUUGGCAAGAAGGUGCGUAUGCUUCUGCCCUACAUGUGGCCCAGAGGUAAUGUUCUGCUACAAGGCCUGGUGCUGCUUUGUCUCUGUCUGCUGGGCCUCGAGAGAGUCAUCAACGUCUUUGUUCCCAUCUACUACAAGAACAUCGUGAAUGAGCUGACUGAUGGAAGCAGCUGGAAGACCUUGGCCACCACUGUGUGUGUCUACGUCCUGCUGAAGUUCCUGCAAGGUGGAGGGUCAGGUGCGUCCGGCUUCAUCAGCAACAUGCGUACCUUCCUGUGGAUCCGUGUGCAGCAGUACACCAACCGGGUGGUGCAGGUACGUCUGUUCGGCCACCUGCACUCGCUGUCACUGCGCUGGCACCUGGGCCGACGCACCGGGGAUGUCCUGCGCAGCAUCGACCGCGGCACCUCCUCCAUCAACAGCCUGCUCAGCUAUAUUGUUUUCAGCAUCUUCCCCACCAUCGCUGAUAUUGUCAUCUCCAUCAUCUACUUUGUCACCUACUUCAAUGCCUGGUUUGGACUCAUCGUGUUCGUCUGCAUGUUUCUCUACCUCACCCUAACCAUCAUUAUCACAGAAUGGAGGACUAAGUACCGGCGAGACAUGAACACCCAGGACAACAACGCCAAGUCUAAGGCGGUGGACUCACUGCUUAACUUUGAGACGGUAAAAUACUACAAUGCAGAGAAUUACGAAGUGAACCGUUUUGAGGAUGCCAUUCUGAAGUAUCAGGUCUCAGAAUGGAAGACCCAAGCCUCACUGGCCUUCCUGAACCAGACCCAGAACAUUAUCAUCGGCGCUGGCCUACUGGCUGGCUCACUGCUUUGUGCCUACUUUGUCCAGGAUGGCAAAUUUAAGGUUGGAGACUUUGUCCUCUUCGGCACCUACAUCAUCCAGCUCUAUACCCCUCUCAACUGGUUUGGAACAUACUACAGAAUGAUCCAGAACUCCUUCAUCGAUAUGGAGAGCAUGUUUAAGCUCUUUACCGAGGAAAAAGAGGUGAAGGAUGAAGUCAAUGCCGGGAAUCUUCUCUUUAAGCGUGGAAAAGUGGAGUUUGAGAAUGUGUACUUUAACUACACUGACGGGAAGGAAAUUCUAAAGGAUGUAUCAUUCACUGUGCAGCCUGGCCAAACUCUUGCAUUGGUCGGCCAGUCAGGGAGUGGUAAGAGCACCAUCCUCCGCCUACUCUUCCGUUUCUAUGACAUCCAGGGAGGAUGCAUCCGGAUUGAUGGCCAGGAUAUCUCUAAGGUAAAACAGGUGUCUCUGCGUGCCCACAUUGGCGUGGUGCCCCAGGAUACGGUCCUCUUUAAUGACAACAUCCGCAACAACAUCCGCUACGGACGCGUCACCGCCAGCGACCAGGAGGUGGAGGAGGCAGCCAUCGCUGCAGACAUUCAUGAGAAGAUCCAAGCAUUCCCAGAAGGAUACGACAGCCAGGUGGGGGAGAGGGGUCUAAAACUGAGCGGGGGGGAGAAGCAGAGAGUGGCGAUCGCCCGGACCAUCCUCAAAGCACCUCAGAUCAUCCUGCUCGAUGAGGCUACGUCUGCUCUAGACACCCAGACGGAGCGCAACAUUCAGGCCUCACUCGCCAAAGUAUGUUCUAAUCGGACCACCAUUGUCGUGGCUCACAGGUUGUCCACCAUCAUCGGUGCCGACCAGAUUCUCGUGGUGAGCGAUGGCCAGAUAGCGGAACGUGGACGACAUGAGGAGCUGCUGGCUAAGGGCGGUCUGUACUCUGACAUGUGGAUGAGGCAGCAGCAAGCACAGGACUCUGACUCAGCCUCCGAUACAGAGACCAAAGACAUGGCGUCUGAGAAACUACAGCCCCCAUCAGCCAUCGUAGGCCACAGGAGUCACUGAGGACGGAGUUAAAGGUCAAGGACAUGGGGACAUUAGCCUUUCGUUAAUUAAAUCUGCUUAACACCUGCGUUUCUUGGCCUCCAUCCUCUCGUCUCUUUUUGUAAGAGGUCAAAGGUAAUCAAGGAAAAUGAACCGGGAUGAAAAUACACUGGCUUGAAAUGAAAUUGUCCUUCUCCACUCACACAUUAUCAGUCAGACAUUGUUUAUGGGGUGGAUCUCAAAAUAAAUGUAUAAAGUGAGAAAGAAAAAUACUAUUUUUGCUGUACAACAGCUGUUUUAUGGAUAAAAUGAUAAGUAGUAUAAAGUAGUAUAACUAUAAAACAAUCUGAUUCAGAAGGGUGUGGCUGAUUUUCUGCUAGGAUAUUUGUAGUGGGAAACUCCUUGGAUAUCGAGGAGGAGAGGACUGUCAUUUGUUUGCUUACUAAAUUAAUAAUACUCUUCAACCAAUAAUUGUGUUAUUGAGGACUGAGAGGAUGGUGAUGUACAGAGUAUGUAUUAUUUUUUUUACUUAAAUGAAAACAGCCAUUGUGACACAGGAGGAGCAGGGACCAAUGAGAUGGAUUAUAUACCUCUUAAGGCUUUUUGUCUUUCUACUUGUAUAAGGUUUAGGUUUAUUUGAGGUCAAUUCUAUUCAGCAGUUAUUUAUUUGGUAUUGUAUUUUUUCUGUUUUAGUUUUUUUGAAUGUGUUGAAUAUAAUAUAAUAACUCUGUGGGUGUUUCAAAACAACUUGAGGCUCCUACCCUGACUGUGGAUAAAAUGUGGUUUAAAAGGUCAUUUUGGGAAAUUCUACACAUUUUAAAGUUAAUUAACUGAAAUUGCCAUGGCUAAUGCUUUGCCCUUAAUAUGCCAAAGAAUGUUAUAUGUUUGAAGAUCUGAGCAGUAAUCUUAUCAUGUUUUUGUGAAUUCUCAAUUUUCCUUAACUUAUCUGGAUGUUAUUUAGACGACUGCCAAAGGUGAGGGACUUAUGAUACGUUUAGAAAUAAUAUUUUUCUACCUAUGUUAUACAUUGCUUUUAUGCAUCUUUCCUGCCCAAAAAGUGGUAAAACAAAUUUAAGCUGUCUACUCCUAUGCCUAAUGAACACAACCCUGGAAUCAAUAUGAUCCGUCCACAUUCUAUCAAGUCUGUGAUGAUUGCAGCUGACCACAGAAGUGGCAACGUGUCCAGUGUAGGCAAAUAUCUACCCGAAAGCUCAGGUUUAGGCAGUUAUACAGUGUCUAUAAAGUUGAGUUAUUGACUAAUGUUUAGGGGUUGGUGACCUGUUUAUUGGUUUGUUUUACUUACAACUUCUAUAGACCUAUUAGAACGAUGUUCAUUGCAAAUUAAUAUUUCCUUUUUUUGAACACUAUCGUCCAUGGAACCAGAUCCCAUAGCUGUUGGUUCUUUUGCUUGUAAUAUUUCAGUCUGCAGUCAAGCCAAAUAGUUGGUCAUGACUAUGAAUGAGGGACAGAGUUGGCGCAAUACCACAAAUGCAGGAGAUGGAUCUUUUCCAUUAGCGACACUUAUACAAGAAAUAAACUUGUACCAUACCUCUUAAACUAA